GUUGAAAAGCGCGAUUCUGGGUACAAGCUAAUCGUGGAUACUGCGAUUCAUGAGAACAAAGAAGAAGGUUAUGUCACGCUUACUGCUCAGAACCUUGCCAAAGCCGAUAGCGAACCUCGAAAGAAAACAUUUCGCACCGGAAAAUCAAAUGGCACAUUUUGUCUACCUCUUUCGUCGGAUUCUGUGUAUGCGGUGCAGUACAAAUACACAAAAGCGAAACCAUUUCCAUAUAGCAAUGAAGAACACUUUCUUGUGGAGACAGCUUCAGAUUCGGAGAAUUUCACCGAAUCAUCUCAGCCACUGGUCGAAACAAAUUUCGAAUUGGAAAAUCGCACAGUGGGCGAGAAUGAAGUGGUCCAGGUCCCGGUCAUCACCCUUUCUCGUGGAGAAGCUUACUCAACCGCAGAUGUAAAAAUGAGCAUGGAGCCUCUUUGUGAGGAGGAAAAUUCUACUGGUACUACCGUCGAAUUCACUGGAGAAAAUUUAAGCAAAAAAUUCGUGCUGACUACAGUAAUCUGCUCGAAUUUUCCACAAGCAAAGUUCUGUAACGAGACGCGUGUUUACCCGGAUUGUAGCCCAAUACUUUGCUACUCUACUGAAGUCUCCCAUGAAGGCAUUGUUUAUCCAUCAUCAGAAUCUCAUUGUGUUAAUGUAACCGAACACAUUCCAAUUGAGAAAUCCGCAUAUUUACGGCAUUGUACAGCAUUGUUGCUCAUUGUUCUUGAAUUUCUAUACUUAUAA